AUGAGUGAUGUCGAGGCAGUUUCCCUCCCAGCUGCCCUGGAUGUCAGUCCCAAUGCCAUCGCCACGGUGAAGGCGGACUCGGGACCUUCGUCGCCUGGCAAGCCCGUUCAACCACCACGACUGAGCGAUGAACACCCCGUGGAAUCGGAGGAGGAAGUCCUGAGGGCUGAUUCAGAAGCCGAGACGAUUAUUCAGUCGGGCCGAGAGUCCUUAUCACCGGAAAAGAAGAGGAAACAUAUCCGUCACGAUCCACAACGCCGACCGAUGGAUGGUGUCGAUGGCAACCAACGAAAGAAACCUAGAAUUAAUGGCGACCGAGUCGAGCCAGACAAUCGACACUCUCGAUCUUCUCGAUCGCCUCAUCCGUCUGAAAGACCUGCGUCGCCAUCGUCCGUUGUUAAAGUUGAGAAGGUUGACGAUGUACCUUCCGUCACGCCUGGUGUGUUAGAGGAAAAGACCCUCAAUGACGCAGACAGGCCACGUCUCUACCGAAAGAGAAGUUUCAGCGACAGCGUCGAGGAAAAGCGGGAACGACGACGCGACUCGGCCGCCCAUCUGAACCUCAAACAAGUCAACAACCACCGUCUCCCACGACCAUCCUCCAGUGCUCGCUCGGUAUCCCCUACUCGUCAUUCUCACCAGCGAUCUGUUUCUGGCUCUCACCUCCCUAAUAAGAAGAAGGCUCCUACACCCCAUCUCUCCGGUUUCCAACGGCAGGCCUCGGAAGACCGACUUUCCACCUCUUCGUCCGCCAGCGGAUCUCCGCUUCCUAGUGCUCAUUUGAGGAGACUUGGGUCUGGCAUGGGCGCUUCGGCAUCGCCCGCGAAGCAAAUCGGACCCAAGAAGCUCAAAGACAAGAGCGGCCGUACCCCUUUGGCUAGAGCCUGCGCGGAUGGAAAAUAUGAGCAAGUGGUUCAGCGUUACGAAGAACGCCCUGAAGAUCUGAAUGUCCCCGACAACGCCGGAAACACUCCAUUGCAAAUCGCGUCGCUCAAUGGCGAGGCACCGAUUGUUGAGUUCCUCUUAAAGGCCGGCUGUGACAUCGACACCCAUAAUAUCGACAAAGACACGCCCCUCAUUGAUGCUGUGGAAAAUGGUCAUAUUGAAGUUAUAAAGCUCUUGCUCGAUGCAGGUGCAAAUCCUCGAACCUUGAAUGCCUCUGGUGAUGAGCCCUAUGAAUUAGUCCCCACUGAUCUGAGGGAUGAUGAAUACGACGAGAUCCGCAAAGCAAUUGCCGAUGCCAAGGCCAGCUCGCGACCAAGCCGGCGCUCAGAAGAGCAUACCAGGCUUGAUAGCAAAAACUCUUUGUCGCGACGCGCAUCAGUGGCCAGUCCUUCACGCAGUCCCCCGCCCAUGAGCGGUGCAGCAAGCCGUCGCAAGACUGGCCGAAGCGAAGCUACGAGAAAUGAGUUUUUAUGGACACAGGCGACACCGGAGAAACUGCGCGAAUACGCGGCGAAGGGUGAUGAACAAGGUGUUGUCAGUGUUUUGAAUAUCUUGCAGAAAGCAGACAAUGUGUCGUUGAUUGCUGCCGCCAAGGGUGGUCACGAAGACGUGUUAUCCCUCAUGUACGCUAUGGGCGAUGCUGAUGCGGAUCCAAAUCCAGUGAAGGGACAUGGCCAGAAAUCAGGUUACAACACUCCCAUGCUCGCUGCUAUUGGUCGUGGCAAACCUGCCAUCAUUCAACUUAUACUCAACCAGCCUGGCUUCGACCCUACACGUCGCCUGUACGAAGGUGCCACCUAUUACGAGCUCUCCAAGGCUCGACAAGGCGAGAAUUGGGAAGAAGAGCACGAGAUCUUGAAAUCUGCUUUCGAGAAGUGUGGAGGCUCCCGCAAAUCCAACAAAGACCUCUCUUCCCCCCGUCGUGCUCGCAAAGAAAAGGAUGACAAACGAUCCGCCCGCAGAGAGUCCUCCUCGCCGGCUCGCCCCAAGAAGCUCAGUGACAGCCCCAAUCGUCAACGUGCACCUAAGGACAUCGACGCAUUGAAACAGAAGCGACGUGAGAAGGAAAAGGCCAAGGCCAUCAGUCGCCCAAAAGUGCCCCGGGAGAUCAACGACUGUGCUCUCGCUAGCUCCGAUCAGGAUUCAGCCCGGGCUGAAUCCGUGAAGCCCAAAAUGCCCACGGCAAGAAGAGGUAGUGAGUCCAGUGGUAUGGCUCGGCCUGACGAAAUUCGAAAGCGACGGCUUAUCGCUGGGCGACGUCCCCAAGAUCAAGAACGUGACCACGAAGGCGAGCGAAGAUCGAGCUUUUUUUCAUCCGAUUCUGGUCGUGAGGAAGGUCCCAAGUCUCGCAACGAUUCCGCACCCGAACCUAUCUCAUCCUUGAAACGCAUUCGUAACGACAACUCUCCCGAAAGAUCUCGUUCGCGCGAUACAGAUAGCGAUCGACUGUCGCCUGAGUCACGAAAGAAGAAACGGCGGGUCCUCGCUGAUGAGAAGUUAUCCGGUGCUGUGAAUGGUGCCCCUCGAAAGACAGAUGAAGCUAUAGAUGGUGAAAAGUCUCACCGUCGACCUCAAGAGCCACCUUCGCGACCCGCCGAAAGCAUGCCACACAACUCCACUGAGACCUUGAAGAAAUCGAUUCCUUUCCAACACUCUUUCGCCGAUCACGAUUCUGCCAAGAAAAACGGAGACUUCAAAACAGAACCCCGCGAGGCCAACACCAAUUUUGUUCCUGAGGCUCCCACUAAUGAGAAGCGAGCUGAGAUUGAAAGUGAGCAACGUCGCCAGGCGGAAGCCAAGAAGACCGAACAAGAUCGUCUAGCGGCAGAGAAACGAGCUGCGGAAGAAGCAGAACGUGAUCGUCUUGCCAAGGAAGAAGAGGAACGAGUUGCCCGACUUGCCCGUGAAAAGGCCGAGGAAGAUGAGCGCAAGCGCAAAGAAGCCGAGCAACGAAAGGCUAAGCAAGCAGAAGACGAAAAGAUCAAGCGAAUUGAGUUGGAGCGCGCUCGGGUCAUGAAGAUGCGUCGCGAUCAGGAGGCUCAAGAAAAACGCCGCCGUGAAGCUCUCCCUGGCCGCCUCCGUGUUUCCGCCAAGUACGUGGGUAACAACGAUUCUCGCGCCCGGAGCCACACAUGGCUGAAAAACUUCAUGCCUCUCGUCACUGCGGUCACCCGUCAGCUCGAACCUACUUGUGCUGCAGAUAUUGCGGAUGAGAAAUGGAUUCCGAACUACUUGGUUGCCCCUCUGCUGGCUACGAAUGACCUCCAACUGUCUCAGUAUGCCUCAUGGGAGAAACGGAAAGCGACACCUACCCAGCGGAGCAAUCUCUGGCGAUGCACUCGCCGGAUGCUUGUACAUACGGACGAUCCUCGAUACCGCAACGCAUCGUUCGGGGAGAUCAUGCAGCUGGUUGAUCAGACCCGACCCAAAUACGAAGAGAUGGAGCAUGUCUUUUGGAUCAGACUUUCUGAUUUCAUGGACCUCGAACCGCACAUCCCUCACCUCAACGGAUUCGAGCUCGAGUUCAUGAGCAUGCACAUUGACCCAGAGCCCUCCGCCGGCCCUGGUCCUCACACAAAUGGACAUGCUCACAGUACUCUCGCUGAGACGAAUGGUUCUCCCGUUCCCAACGGUCAUGGCUAUCCUCGGACCGGUACAUACUUCUAG